AUGACCAAGUGCAACAAAACCUCUGUAGAUGUUGAAUUCGGAUUCGUAAAAAAGGCGCGUUUCGUUGGUAUACAAGCUACACAAUUCAACACGUACGUGACACUUAAACUGCAAAAUGUCAAGUCGACGACGGUGACAGUGAAGGGUCCGGCGCCAUGUUGGGAACAAGACUUUCUAUUUGAAAUCAACGACAUCAAUUUGGGGCUCCUCGUGGAAGUGUGGAAUAAAGGCGUCAUUUGGGACCGGGCACUUGGAUACCACUACCUGCCCCUUACUUCGGUAGCCUAUAACGAGCAGGAGUGUGGAGGUCGCUGGGUAGAACUAGAAGCACAGUUGAUCAUGCGGGGAGGAGCGGUGGUGGGGACGACAGGACCCACGGGUCACGCGCUUUUGCUUGACUGUAGAUUCGAGCCACCAUUCGACGCGGAAGGGACGGGUGGUGCUGACCUCCAGAGAAAAUUGGAUAUGCUGAAUGGCGCCCUCGACGCGGAGCGUGCAGAGCAGGCGCGUAGGCAGUUGCAAUACGUCGCCCAUUCUGGCUACUCCGAAGACUCCGACUACACGUCGGACCUUAACUAUCCUGUAGGGCAACAUGCGAACUGCAGCGCGUCACAGUUUAGGAGUGCAGCGCAUCAAAUACAUACGCCACAGAGGUCGUUGGAGGCAUCUAGGGAAAAUUCGUACGAAAGGGAGGAGUACCACAUGCAUGGUGAUACUGAUCCGUUGUAUUACAAUAGUCAGCCAAGGACUAAUAGGAUAGAAACAUGGUCGCAGAUGCACGCUCAAGCAAGCGUAGAGUCUGCAUACUCCUGGCGGACCGCUGCAGAUUGGCAAUCUGGGGAGGAGCAGCGGAGGCCGAGCUUAGAGCGGCAGAACACUUUAUACGACGACAGCGUAGGCUACGGUUAUGAUGGCUACACAACCAGCACGCACAUUAGGGACCACUCGCAUUUAUCGCAUCAGACCAGUUACGAGGAGUUCUACGACUCGAGCAGCUAUCCCUACGGCGUCUACGAGACGCGGCCUUGGGACAGUCGCUACUUCUACGACGAGGGUUACGCCCUCACGUCCACCGAGUAUGAGAACGUCGUCAACAAGCGGCGCUCUUCCGUCGUUCAGCUGCCUCAACUACCUCCUAAGCAGUUGCCGCCUUCAUCACGUUAUUCGGAUUAUAAUGAGAUGGCUCCUUAUAGACCAAGGCCGAGGCGGACAGCUGCAAGCCUCCCAGCCACGCCGUCGUCGACGCCGAAGCGCGGCCGGGCGUUGCCCCUACCGCCCAGCAGCGAUCAAGGCGGCGGGCGCCGCGGCCGCCGCUUGCCGCGCCCCCCGCGCGCCUCACGUCUGCCCCCUGCGACGACAGCGCCCGCCGCCCCCGCCACCACUGUCCCCGCGCCAACCACUACACACGUGCCUUACACACAAGAAACCGAGCGUGCAGUGCCUGACGUAGGCUAUGGCUAUGAUACGUACGGUUACAAGCCUCAAUACCAAGACACUGCCGUUGAACAGUACCAAGAUAAUAAUUAUAAUACCGGUUACGAUGACGAAGGUAUGCAACCUUUCUUUGACGAAACUCCUCACGCAACACCACCGGCUGCGACUGCACAAAAAUCAACGUGGGGUGAAGCGGAAACCGCAACGCAGCCUUCCUAUGCGCAACGACAGCAGCAGCAGCAGCAGCAGCAGCAACAGCAACAGCAGCAGCAAAAGUUACCGACACAGCAAUUACAAUCGAGUGUUUUAACUGGGGCUGCAACCUUAGGAUCGUUAAUGGCGGGUGGCGCUAAAAAGCUAGGAAGCUUAUUUGGGGCUGCCGCAGCGGCUGUGGCUCCACCUCAGAUGAGUCAGCCAACAAUUACCGGUCAAGGAACUAUGGCACCUGUUAGUCAAACAACAGGAACUUUAGCUCCUUCGACACCAUUCACAAGUACAGCAGCCCCAGUCACUACAUCCGUCUCAGAAGUGCCAAAGCCAGUGCCAGUAUCAGCCGCGACCUCAACUAGUACACCGGUCUUGCCACGAACACCCUCUCUCAGGAGACAAGAAUCUAUACAGAGGCCUUCCGUGCGUCGAACGCGUACGCUGCCCGACGCACCAGAAGAUUACAUUCAAUCGAGUUUUGACGAAAGUGCCUACGAGGAAGAGUACCAAAAGACUGAAUUAGAUCAAAGUAUAGACCGAGAUAGGACAUCUUUGGACAGGUAUCAUGACGAUGAAUACAUCCAAGAUACAAUGCAGGAGGAGCUUGAUAAAGAAAGUCACGCCCCAGAGGUUUCCAGUCCAAGUUUACAAAAGACUGCAUCUCCCACUAGGACCAUCUCACAAAUACGCAAGCCUUCGGUUGAUAGUUACCAAAGUCAAGCACCAUCGAUACACGAUCGAAAAACUUCACAAAGUUCUGUUCAUACAGAAGAAAAACUCCCGAUUCCUACAACUCAAGAAGAAUCCAUCGCCGACCGAUCAAAAGUGACCUUUCAAGACGACCGAACGACGUACCACGAGGUACCUGAAGAAUUUGACACGUUCCAACAAUCACGGGAUUCGUUCGACGAGAACGUUUCCGAGUAUCAGGACGAUCGGGAAGGUCGUCCUGUUCGCGAGGCGCCCGAGAAGUUCGACGAUCACGAGCAGUUCACCGAAAGCGAUGAGCAGUACAACGAAGAGACCGUGUUCCAAGAAGAAGAGGACAGGCACAAAGCGGAACAGCUCGACUUCCAGCCGGAGCAGCCGAAGUUGACGCCGAAGCAGCGAUGGCACCGCGCCUACAACAAGAUUGUCAUGCAGCUCAACCCAAAGACACCUAUAGCUUUGUACCGACUGUUCGUUAAGUGGUGUUCGCCGCCCGCUGGGUCCCGUGGCGCUUUGAACCCGAUCAACUCAUUAGUUCAACUGAAC